AAAAAAAAAAAAAAAGCCACUAAUAAUGUGCUGCUCAUUCUUUACAGAGGUCAUAUGGUUGAGAGACUCUGUGAAAGUAGAAAAGGUAGCACAUGUAGAGAAACCACUAGCCAGAUACCAAACGUUAACAUGAACAAGGAAACUCUUACUGGAGCAAAACGACAUGAAUGCAGCUUUUGUGGGAAAGACUUUGUGCAUCAUUCAUCCCUUAAUAAGCACAUGAGAUCUCACACUGGUCAAAAACCAAAUGAGUAUCAGGAAUACGAAAAGCAACCACGUGAAUGUAAAGUGCUUGGGAAAGCCUUCAGUUAUCACCAGUGUUUUUGGAAACAUGAAAGAACUCACACUGGAGGGAAGCCCUAUGAAUGUAAACAGUGUGGGAAAGCCUUUAUAUAUUACCAACCUUUUCAAAGACAUGAAAGGACUCAUACUGGAGAGAAACCCUAUGAAUGUAAGCAAUGUGGAAAAACCUUUGUAUAUUACCAGUCUUUUCAAAAACAUGCUCAUACUGGAAAGAAACCCUAUGAAUGUAAACAGUGUGGGAAAGCCUUUAUAUGUUACCAGUCUUUUCAAAGACACGAAAGGACUCACACUGGAGAGAAACCCUAUGAAUGUAAACAAUGUGGUAAGGCCUUCAGUUGUCCCACUUACUUUCGAACUCAUGAAAGAACUCACACUGGAGAAAAACCCUAUAAAUGUAAAGAAUGUGGUAAAGCCUUCAGUUUUCUCAGUUCUUUUCGAAGGCAUAAAAGGACUCACAGUGGAGAGAAACCGUAUGAGUGUAAAGAAUGUGGAAAAGCCUUCUUUUAUUCUGCAAGCUUUCGAGCACAUGUAAUAACACACAGUGGAGCACGACCUUAUAAGUGUAAAGAAUGUGGGAAAGCCUUCAACUCUUCUCAUUCCUGUCGAGUGCAUGAAAGAAAUCAUAUUGGAGAAAAACCAUAUGAAUGUAAACAAUGCGGCAAAUCAUUUAGUUGGUCCAUUUCUCUUCGAAUGCAUGAAAGAACUCAUACUGGAGAGAAACCUUAUGAAUGUAAACAGUGUCGUAAAGCCUUCAGUUUCUCAAGUUCCCUUCGGGAACAUGAAACAACUCAUACUGGAGAUAAACCCUAUGAAUGUAAACAAUGUGGGAAAACCUUCAGUUUUUCAAGUUCCCUUCAAAGACAUGAAAGGACUCACAAUGCAGAGAAACCCUAUGAAUGUAAACAGUGUGGGAAAGCCUUCAGGUGUUCAAGCUAUUUUCGAAUUCAUGAAAGAUCUCACACUGGAGAGAAACCCUAUGAAUGUAAACAGUGUGGAAAAGUUUUCAUUCGUUCCAGUUCCUUUCGACUGCAUGAAAGAACACACACCGGAGAGAAACCCUAUGAAUGUAAACAAUGUGGUAAAACCUUCAGUUUUUCAAGUUCCCUUCGGGAACAUGAAAAAAUUCACACUGGGAAUAAACCUUUUGAAUGUAAACAAUGUGGUAAAGCCUUCCUUCGUUCCAGUCAAGUUCGAUUGCAUGAAAGGACUCACACUGGAGAGAAACCAUAUCAGUGUAAACAGUGUGGAAAAGCAUUCAUUUCUUCCAGUAAAUUUCGAAUGCAUGAGAGAACUCACACAGGAGAGAAACCCUAUCGAUGUAAACAAUGUGGGAAAGCCUUCAGAUUUUCAAGUUCUGUUCGAAUUCAUGAAAGAUCUCACACUGGAGAGAAACCUUAUGAAUGCAAACAAUGUGGAAAAGCCUUCAUUUCUUCCAGUCACUUUCGACUGCAUGAACGGACUCAUACUGGAGAGAAAGCCUAAGAAUGUAAGCAGCGUUCUAAAGCCUUCAGUUGUUCCAGUUCCUUCUGAAUACAUGAAAGAAUUCAUACUGGACAGAAGCCGUGUGAAUACAAAUAUUGUUUUGAAGCCCUUGAUUUUUCUAGUUUCUUUUGAACACAUGAAAGAAUUCCCACUGGUGAAAAACUACAUGAAUGUAAACAUUGUGAUUAAGCCUUCAGUUGACCUAAUUCAUUUCAAAGACAAGACUCCUGCUGUAGUGAAAUCUGUUU